AUGGCCCCAGCCGCGGUUUCGGGCGGGGCGGCCGCCGUGGUACAGCAGGCCGAGUGGGCUCGCAGGCUCUUCGCGCGCAUGUACCCCGAGUACCUCCGGGUCGGGCCAUACCACCCCGCGGCAAAGGCCUUGCUGUGCGCAUACGCCGCGCUCCUGCUCGGCACCAGCAGGGCGGCGCUGCGCGGCGGCCGCGGCCCAGACGACGAGGGCUCAGACGACGAGUGUCCGAAGGCCACGCCGCUGCUGCGCGCCGCCUCGGCGCGCGCGGUGCGCCUGGCGGGGGCAGCGUGGGGGCUCGCGGUGUUGGCCUGGACGUACAGGAGCCAGGGCGGCGCCUGGCCGUUGGAUCAUCGAACCAUGCAGAGCUGGACGCUCAUGACAUUCCGGUACGUCGCCGGGCUGCUGGCGGAGCCGCCCAUCGACGCGCCGUCGGCGGGGCCGUUGCGGCGGGCGCUGUUGUGGGCCUACGAGGCCCUGCGAUUCCCCGCCCUGGCGCAGAACUCGGUCACGGUGGCCGUCUGGUGGACCGUCAUGGUGCCCGUCUGCACCGUCGCCCUCCGCCGGCAGGGGAAGGGGUCGCUCGCUUCCUUCUGGAGGUUUAACGCGAGCCCUCUGCUCAUCAACGUGCACCUGCUGAACUUGCCGCUCGCGGCCGCGGAGCACCUGGCCCACCCGCGCAGGUUGUCGUUCAGAGACCUGUGGAUGGGGAUGGCGGCCGCCGGGCUAUAUUUGUCCUUCUAUCUGCGGCUCUUGGACGCGAGGGGGCUCCACUUGUACAUUUUCCUCAGCCCUCGCACCAAGCUGUUCGGCCUAGCAGGGGCAGCAUCGCUGGGGAUGUACGCAGCGCUGUG